AUGGAUUAUGAAGAGAGGGCCGUUGGGCCCAUCCGCUACGUAAGGAAGACCAAAUCCUGGAGCUUCCCAUCGGUUAACCCAGCCAUGCCAUCAUUGUUGUAUACGGGAGUGACGAAGACGGUGAUUCCAUCGACAUCAAAGAUGGUUAUUGCAUCCAAGUCGGUGAUUCCAUCACCUCCAUACACCGCCAAUCCCAAGCUAUUCAGUACACAUGGUCGACCCCCCAAGAAGGAAAUCAAAUCGAUCCUGAAGCAAUACCCGGAUUUGUACUUAGUGCGCUUCCCUUGGCUGCUUCAUGAACCCCUCGAGUCAUCGACAGCGAGAAAUUACAAUUUUCCCCCGUCAGCACUGCUGGACUUGGGGUACGCCGCAGUUUCCCCUCAGGAUUCCAGUCACAUCUCGAUCGCAGCGACUGUGACCGGAGAAGAUAGAAAUGUCAUCUCACUGCGCAUGAUACUUGAGGAUACUCUGAAGCUGCCGCUUGUUGAAUCUACAGUAUUGGUCCCAGCCAUCAGCGAUGAAGAAGCGACUGAAUGGUCGAUACCAGGAGCUCGUAUCCAACAAAUAUGCUUUUCACAACCUCCCGAGAGCGAGAGACAAGGCACGUGGAUGGCUGCUCGCCUUCUUUACUCGACCGUGAUAUUUCGGCCUCUAUACAGACGUGCUCCAACCGCACCUAUCAACCUCUACAAUGGUAAUCUCACGACGAACCUGGCUUCACUACGGACGUCUCGCCUGGAUGCGAAUCCCCUCGUCGAGAUCCCGAUCACAUGGACCGGGGGCCACCCGCAUGCUGAUGUAGCAUUUCACCCUAGCCAUCAAAACACGUUGGCUAUCACUGACAUUAGGGGCAACUGGAGUAUUUGGGAAGUACAAACCAACAAUAAAGGAGGCAAACCCAACGCCCUCGUUCCUGGCCCCAGAGGGUCAAUAUCAACACUCGAUCAAAUAGACACCGACAAUGAUAAGCCUGCUGACUGGGCAUCCAUUCAGUGGGUUCUUGAUUCCUCGACAAUCCUGGUUGCUGAUCGCCGAUCCGCCAUGCUUUUUCAUCUAGAGGGGAUCGAACCUCGUGCCAUCCAAUUGAAAUUGGGGACCCACCCUGUUGUAAUGGAAGGCCCUGAAAGAAAGAGCCAGCCUGAAUGGGUCCUUGAUGUGAAGAGGAGCCCCCAAAACACAGCGCAGUUCUGUAUCCUCACGUCAGCCCGACUUCUGCUCUUCGAUAUAACAACUGCACCGUGGGAUCAAGAGGAUAGGCACGAGCCUCUGGAAGCAUCACUAGUCAGGCAUCUUCAUCGAGAUACUUACAACUUUGACACGACCUUGAGGCUUAGUGAUUUAUUGAUCGGAGACUAUUUGUAUCUCGUCGUGUACUCCCGCGUCAGUGAGGUUGUUGAGGUAUUUCCGUGUCCCUAUGCUAGUGAUCGACGGACGGAGGGAUUCUUUGGUUCCGGUUUCUUCUUGAAUUUCCAACCACCACUAGAUCCGUCUUCCAUAGGUGAUGUGCCUUCUAAUACAUCGCUCCGCUACUCGACAUUUGUGUUCAAAGAAGUCAAUCAUUCGCCUGCCCAUGGAAGUGCACACAGUGAUAUGACUCUUGUAAAGCUUUUCUGGAUGGAUCCAUCUUUCGCUGUGCAUGAAACGCUUUUCAAGGGCCCAUCACACCGGAGCUUGCGAAAGCGCAUGGGAAUCGAAAAUCAUGUCAACCACUAUAUCCUUCGUGCGAGUAAACGCCCCUUUGAGAGAGUUGGCGAUGAUUUUGUGGUUGACGACUGGCAUGAGCCUGUAAUGCCUCCUCACAAUAAGGCCCGAACUACGCGGACUACGCAGACUAUGGUCCGAACUCAGGCCCGGACUGCGGCCCGAUCCACUAAUCAUCAAACUACCUACGAAGGCUUGCGCUGGACUCUCAACCUAAGUCUCCUCUAUAAACGUUGCUUGAAGGGUGUUGCUGGCUGUUUUGCUCAGGCAAAGCUUGAACAGUCUCGGCCUACCAUUGACCAAAUUAUUCGUGAUCUGGAUAGCGUAACAGUCGGGGACGCGAAACCCCGGCAGAACUGUCGAUCACUGUUCCAGAUUAGCGGUCGACCGGUGUCAAAUGAUAUCGAGGAAAGUGUGCAUGACACGAAACGUCUUGUAUCGACCAUUCUUCCUGACAACCCCGAUCUUAAACCCCAACAUCAAUUUUUGAUUCUCUCGCGCCGAUUUUGCAAUGUGUUUCCAGCCAUGUCAGUAGCUUCUCGGGAGAAGAAGUCGGGCCUGGAUUUUUUGGAGAUUUAUGACCAACUCGUCCAUCAGUGGCUCACCAAUCUCCCAAAUGACAUACCUCACUCGACGCGUCGGAUGAAAGAGAAAAUCAUUCGUGGCGUCGCCCUCGAUGUUUUCUUGGCAAGAAUUAUUCAAAUCCCCAAUGAGUCCAAGGUGGUCAACCCACAGAUAGAUGGACUCUCCAAUGACACACCAGUCCAGGCCGGACCGGCAUCCUCACAGCUUCUUUCAAGCCAAAAUACCGAAUUUGGGAGUCGGAGCUCCCAACCAGAGCCGGAAGAUGAGAAGGCUCCGGCCACGGCCUUCAGUAGUCUCUCUGAAUUCAUCACCUUCAGGAAGCCCCGCCCACUGCCACGAAAUGUCGUCAACGUGCUGUCCCACUGGCAGGUGGGGACUGAUCCCUCCACCUACAAUUGGACACAGGUUUCACAGGGACAGGAGGGGCUUCCUCAACGCCGGGUGCGUAAGAAACGAUCACGGCAAACCCAAUUAUCGCAGACACCGGUCGCCACGCCAUCCUUGUCGCGCAUACCCAGCACUCCCCAAAUUCGGACCUGGGGUAGUCAGCCUGAGGGAUUCCCGGCCAGCAGUCAGCCCUCGAUCAGUGACAAAUUCAUGACUCAGACCGAGCGAGGCCAGUUCGGGGCACGGAAAGUGAAGAGCAACAAGAAGAGGAAGCGGGCAGAAGGGUUUUAG